CAAUCCGGAUGCAGCGCAAUAUUUGAGUUUUCCAUCUAUGAGAUGUACCAUGCAACGUGAACGUAUAAAAAGCCGACCACCCGUACCUGAUGCAUUAGCAUCAUUACGUGAUAUUUUGGAAAAUUGUGAUAUAAUACCAAAUAUAUAUAAAGACAGUGUAACUACAAAUGAUGGGAAAACUGCAAUAAUAUUAUCAACCAAGUAUUUACUAGAAGUUUUAGCAUCCGCUACUGAACUCUAUGUGGAUGGAACAUUUUCUGUUCUCCCACGCAAACCUCAUAUUGCGCAACUCUACUCUGUACAUAUACGAUACAUGGAUACGGGCAUUGCGACAUUAUUCAUCUUAUGUGAUGUACGUACAACUGCUAUGUAUGAUAUUUUGUGGGACAAAAUUAUGCAGCUAGUACCACAACUUGAACAAAAUAUCAAUUUUGUAAUGAGCGAUUUUGAAAUGGCUGCAGUAAAAUCGCUUAGUACAAAGUUCCCCAGAGCAAAUUUAACUGGAUGUUGGUUUCAUUUUAAUCAG